AAAAUCGUUUCUUAGAAGAGAAUAGGAAUUAACGAAGAAAAUUUUAGAUAAUUAAUUUUUAAAACAAAGAAUAAUAUCAAACUGUUGAUACCGAAAUAUAUUUUAAGCUAAGCCUUAGACUUAAACCUUCGAGAAUAAGAAAUACAAUGCAAAAACAUUUUGUUAACAAAAAGAAAGCAAGAGAUACUUUCACCGGAAUUCAACUCGCAAAAGUCACAAAAAAAACAGACAGUACUUUAAAUGAAAUUCCCCUUAAAAAAGAAGAAGAUACCUCCAUCGAAAUUCAUUCCAGAAAAAGUUCAGAAAAUAUUUUAGCUGACAUCAACAAGGGAGCAAACGAUAGCAAAAUCACCGAAAUUCAACCCACAGCAAUAAACAAAGAUAUUUUCGAUAAAACUAGUUCUCUUAAAAAAAUAGAGGAUAUCUCCAACGAAAUUCUUAAAAAGGAAAUAAACAGUAUCGUCACCAAAAUGGACGCAAUCCAACCCACAAUAAAAACAGAGGGUACUUUCAAUGAAACCAUCGAAAAAAAAGAGGGUAUCUCCGUAGAAAUUCAUGCCAGAGAAGAAACAGAAAAUAUUCCAAAAUCUUUCAAUCACACAAUAUCUGAAUCUACAUAUGAUAAAUCAUAUUCUCGCACAUGGUUACGGUCAAGUAAAGUUGAAUACACCUGGGAAAUUGAUAGUGCCAUUAUGAUUUGCAAAAUCGAAAAAGAAUUUUUUUCUGCAAAAUUUCCGAAAACAUCCAUAUACAGGAUUAAAUUAAGUAUUGAUAACGAUACAUCUGAUGUAAUGAAAAGUACGGUAAAAUUUUUUUUAGUUACUGAAACAAAGUUUAAAGGUAUUUGCAAUGUUUGCAUCAUCUAUCCGUCAGAUAUGCAUAAGAUAAAAUGUAAAUCAACCUUAGGCUUAAUCUCAAAUAUGACAUUAUUAUAUGAAACUACUUUAGAAUUGUUGCAAACGUAUUUAAUUGACAAUAGUCUUGUAAUGCAUUUCGAAAUCGAAGAUAUUCAGAAAUAUUAUACUCAAAGUAUACACAUAGAUAUGAUGCCAUCAAGUACAACAUUAUACAAACAAUUAAACUUUGAACGAUCAAAUCUUACCAAUUUGAAAGUUAAGAGUAAGGGACUGAUUACAUUUAAAUUUAAAGAAGAACGUUAUAAUUUGCCCGUACAAACACUAUAUGCUACCAAUAGUGAGUAUUUUAAGAGCAUAUGCGAUUAUGCGAUGGUUGAAAAUGAAAAAGGCAUAUACGAGAUAGAGGUAGACGAGAUGCCAGUACCUUUUAAGCAAAUGUUAUCAUUUAUUUUAUCCGGUUUUAUACCGGAUCCGUUUAAUUAUCACAUGUUGCGAGAUUUACUAAUAAUGGCUCAUAAAUAUGAUGUAAAAACUCUUAAAUUUCUAUGUGAAAGUUAUUUGAUACGUAUGAUUAAUAUUGAAAAUUGCAUCGAUCUUGUACAGCUUGCAUUUUCAUAUAAUGCAUAUUCGCUAAAAAAACAUACUUCUCUAUUUAUUAAGUUAUAUCUAAAAGAAGUUCUACGUACUAAAGAAUUUCAACGUUUAUCACAAAAUAAUUUAGAAGAAAUAAUCGAAUUAAUUUCUAAUAUAAAUUUACCUCUUGACAUCAAAUUGCCACAUGUUAAUAUACUGUGA